AUAUAACGUGCUACGAGCGCGUAGUACUCAGUAGAAACACGCGAUCUAUCUCGCGAUGGCUUUUGUUCUAGUAUGUUUCGUGGCCCUUGUCGGGGCUUCCCUCGUCAGCUCAGAGUGUGGCCGUAAACCAGCAGGCGCCCGUAUCAUCAAUGGUCAGAACGCUCAACCUCACUCGUGGCCGUGGCAGAUCUCCCUCCGGCAAGGCAGACGCUUUCAUCUGUGCGGAGGGGCCCUGAUCAGUGACCGAUGGGUUGUCACCGCUUCCCACUGCAUUCACGAUGACCUCAACCCCGGCAGCUACAUGGUCGUUGUUGGUGCACACCGAAUGUCAGGAAGCACGAGCGUCGAGAAAACCAUUCGAGUGUCUCAGGUUCUCGAGCAUCCCCGCUACGACAGUCAAAGAGAUGUCAAUGACAUCGCGCUGAUUGAGCUGGCGACUCCUGUGGAGUUUGACAGCGCGGGAAAAGUCGGCACAGUUUGCUUGACGGACCAGCGACCAGCACCAGGAAAACGAUGCUACAUCACAGGUUGGGGUGCUAUUAAUGGCCACACCCAGCAAUCUCCCGACAUCCUCCAGCAAGGCGUGAUGCCAAUUGCGUCUCACGAGAACUGCAGAAGAAAGUACGGCGACGUGUCGUCCACGGCUCAUCUGUGCGCAGGGGAGGCGAGAUCUGACGCGGCAGGGGGAUGCAACGGCGACAGUGGGGGUCCCCUUGUAUGCGAGGAUAAUGGCAGCUGGUUCUUGCACGGAGCGGUCAGUUAUGGACUGGAAUAUUGUCCCACGACUCAUUACACCGUGUUCGCACGUGUUGCUAGCUAUACGGACUGGAUCAAGAGGAUGACGGGUGUAGGGUUAAGUGGCGAGGGAGGCGGUGUUAAUCCUCCACCACCCCCACCACCAACAGGCAAUCCACCACCACCACCACCCCCGACAGACUACCCUCCACCACCGCCCCCACCCCCCACAGACUGCGAGGACGAAGCGGAUAAUUGUGCAAGUCUCGCUCAGUACUGCAGCACCGAGUCCAUCAGAAACAAGUGGUGCAGAAACACCUGUAACUCAUGUAGCGGCGGUGGCGGUGAUGGAGGAACAGACUGUCGCGACACGGGCGAGUACUGUGACUAUCACGUGCCACGUGGAGACUGCGAGAGAAUGGACAUUGUGCGGCGAAAAUGCAAGAAGAGCUGUGGUCUCUGUUAGGUACGGUUAUGUGAUACAAUAUAUAAAUUAGGAAAAGAAAGAAAGCGGAAUAGAGAAAAAAAAAGAUACGUAUUAAAAUUAAAUGUCCGCU